CUGGCGCUUACUGUUGCUGCGGCGGUGGAGGGCGAGGAUUAGGCCGGGCCCACUCUGGCCGGUUCCAGUAACCAACCCUGGUCUGCAGACGGGCUCCUAUCCCUCAAAAGCUCUGCCUGCGCUAAUUCACUGCCGCCCCUCGGGGUCGUGGCAGGGCCCUCCUGGGGAUUUCAAACCAGGGCAGAGCCGGGAAGUAGAUGAUCACAGAGAGCGACUUAUUACUAUCCUGCCCACCAUGGCCAGGCGCCCACGGAGCAGCAGAGCAUGGCAUUUUGUCCUGAGCGCAGCUCGCCGAGAUGCGGAUGCCCGGGCCGUGGCUCUUGCAGGGUCCACCAACUGGGGCUACGACUCUGAUGGGCAGCACAGCGACUCAGAUUCCGACCCCGAGUAUGCAUCUCUGCCAUCAUCCAUCCCCAGCGCCGUGCCUGUGACUGGGGAGUCCUUCUGCGACUGUGACAGUCAGAGUGAGGCCUUCUGCGGCAGCCUGCACGCUGCCCACCGGGGCAGGGACUGCCGCUGCGGAGAGGAGGACGAGUAUUUUGACUGGGUCUGGGAUGACCUGAAUAAGUCCUCGGCCACCCUGCUGAGCUGUGACAACCGGAAGGUCAACUUCCACAUGGAGUACAGCUGUGGCACAGCGGCCAUCCGGGGUACCAAGGAGCUGGGGGAGGGCCAGCACUUCUGGGAGAUCAAGAUGACCUCGCCCGUCUAUGGCACUGACAUGAUGGUGGGCAUUGGGACAUCGGAUGUGGACCUGGACAAAUACCAUCACACGUUCUGCAGCCUGCUCGGCCGGGACGAGGACAGCUGGGGCCUCUCCUACACGGGCCUCCUCCACCACAAGGGCGACAAGACGAGCUUCUCCUCCCGGUUCGGCCAGGGCUCCAUCAUUGGCGUGCACCUGGACACCUGGCAUGGGACGCUGACCUUUUUUAAGAACAGGAAGUGCAUAGGAGUGGCAGCCACCAAGCUGCAGAACAAGAGGUUCUACCCGAUGGUGUGCUCCACGGCGGCCAAGAGCAGCAUGAAGGUGAUCCGCUCCUGCGCCAGCAUCACCUCCCUUCAGUACCUGUGCUGCUACCGCCUGCGCCAGCUGCGGCCCGACUCUGGGGACACGCUUGAGGGCCUGCCCCUGCCGCCCGGCCUCAAGCAGGUGCUGCACCACAAGCUGGGCUGGGUCCUGAGCAUGAGCUGCGGCCACCGCAAGCUCCCCACGCCCUCGCCCACGGCCAAUCCCAGCAGCCCCGAGACCCGGCGCUGCCAGAGGAAGCGCUGCCGAAGGACCUAGCUUGUUUCCCAGUGAAAACUGCCUUCUGUAGCUGGGAUGGCGUUUUCUCUGUUUCUCCCUUUGGACCACCCUCCAGGGCAACAGGAGAGGGAGGACUGAACCAAGGUUUGUCUCGGCUGCCGCCCUGCCACCCGAGGCUGAGAGAGGCCUUGCUACAGGGGCUCCGGGGCCAUUAUCCCUGUGAUCCGGAGACCCGGACUUCCUAGUCUGUCUGCUUCCUGUGCCGGGUGUGGGAGCAGCCACCUUCCUUCUCAGAGUCUCUGGGGAGCUGCUGCCCCAGCAUGUCUGGACUCAGGCUGCAGGCCUGGGAGGCUAGUCUGCUGCCUGUGAGGAGGACGGCUUCGUGAGAGGUCGGCUCUUCCUGCUGUCGCUGCCGGACUUGGGUUUUUCUUAACUUGCUUUGCAUGUUGUCAGCUGCUGUUCCUCUCGUCUGAGGCUGAAAACGACCGUAAUAAACUUAGAGU